AUUUUUAAUACAGUGUCCUUGGAAAUGAGAAGUUACUUCCGUUAUCCUACUGAAUAAACAUAACUGAUGUGUUAUUGUUUACAGAUGGGGAAAGUCUUUACCUGUUCAUUAUGGGAUUUUGGGGAAUGCAAUGGCCUACAGGAGACAUCUUCUCUCUGAGUGGAUACAGGCAGUAGGGUAUGAUACCAGCUCUCUCUUUUACUGUAAUGGAUAUAGAUGCAUAACAAAUACAAAAUUGUUUAGAAAGUGUUCAAAUCAGAUGUCAUGUGAUACUCUAAGCUGCCAUUUACUGUAUCUGAAGAUAACCGAAUCAUGGCAGCAUUCAAUUCAUCCAGCAAUUAGGCUAAUCUUGUCACCUCAGAUAUGGUCACAUACUGUUGGACUUAACCACCAAAGCAGGUGGUGACCGCAGCGCGUCUCCUGUUUGUCCUUGUGUGCUGUGCCAGUUUUUAGGAUGCGUUCCCUGAGGAAGACAGUGUUGUUGGCCAUUGUGGCAUCAGUGGUGUUGGUGGUGGCCCUCCUCCAUUCUUGGCCCACCCGGGCCUACACCACCGUGGAUGUCCGCCAGAGACCAGGGCCUGUAGUAGAGAGGCACCUGGAGGAGAGGCUCCCAGAACUGGACCACAGAUCUGCCCACAUCCCCUAUCGCCUGAAGGAGAGUGUUGCAGGGUCAGUGUUUGAAAUAAGGCCUUCUAAAUAAUUCCUAUAUUUUGUUUCAUUGUCAUUUAAUUGAUGGAAUCCUAUCGUCCCUUUCAUCUCUCUCCAGUCUGUUGCCACGUAACGGGUGCAUGUGUGAGGGUGAGAGUGGUGGCGUGAACCUGCCCUUUGGCCAGCUGCUGUUCCCACGGGUGUCGGCCCACCCCCUGCACACUGCUUUUGAGGCCUCUGAGCUGGAGGAGAUGAAAAAACGGAGGGCCAAGGAGUACCAGGGCUUCAAGAUGAGGUGAGAGCACAGGACUGUACACCAGCACAGAACUGAAAGGGAAGGACAUCCCAUAUAUCAUCUUAGUUAUUCCUUACACUAGGGGAAGUUGCUGUGUCUGUCCUUUCAUGUGAUUCAAUUCAAAGCUUGUAAAUUCUUAGGUUUAGGUUAAACUUGCUGUAGGUCUUUUGAAGGAGUGGAUGUCAACAUUACCCCAGCUUUGAAACAAAUAGCGUAAUAGAGUUCAUGAUGCUUCAUUCUAGCUGUAAUAGCUUUGAAUACUGAUUAUUAACCUGAUGUGUAUCUGUCCCCCUCCAGGUCUCAGACUCCUGUAGAUAUGCUCAUUGUGGCAGAGGCCAACAAUCCUCUGCAGUACCCAACACAGGGGGUGGAAGUACGGCCGCUCAAAACCAUCCUCAUCCCAGGUCUGACUUAUAACAGGGAUUAGUUACUUUUUACCUUGAUAUAAACGAGAAGGUACCUUGAUAUUUAAAACCUAAUUUGUAAAGGAAACCUGGUAAAAUAAGGGAAGCACAGAAAGAGAAGUGUAGUUAGAUGAAGCUACAAAUUCAGGGAACGACUGUCCUCUUACAACAAUAUAUAUAAAUAAAAGAAAACUCAAGCACAAGUAAUCUUGACGCUUCCAACAAUUUAAUGGAUCACCAACGUAUCGGUCUCAAAUUACCUUCAUCAGGGUAUUCUUACAGGGAGGUAAAACUCAGUAUUUUAAAGAGACAGACAAUAGGUGUUUCAACAAUCUAACAUGUACUUGUAUUAUUAUUACACCCACUGACAACUACUAUUUCUACCAUUACCAUUAUUACUACCUUGAUAACCUGCUGCUCUGGAUGACUGUUUUAGAGCAGAGAAUAGUAUUUUGUUGCACAACCGAGAAAGUGUUUACUCCAGCUGACAGUUGAUGUGGUGUAUUUGGAUUGGAUUAACAUCCAGCUGCUUAAUCAAAUAUGCCAGUAAAUUGAUGUCAGAUGUUUUCAGGACUUGCCUUACAAGACAUUCCCAGAGAGCUGUACACAGUAAGUAGACUAAUAACAUUUGGUUUGAGUUAUUAUUUCCAGUACUAUUCCAUCUGUCUGGUCUUUGUCAAUUAAAAAACAUAAUAUUUCCUUACUGCUUUAUCUUCUUUGUUCCCUGUCUCCUUAAUUUUUUUCUUUCUUAGGUCAACUUCACCUCCACCCUGGGAGCGUUAAAUGUGGCAGCGGAGGUUGAGGGGGUAAAGGUCAAAGGUGAUGGGGAGAUGCACAUGACCCUGAUGAGCAGCCUGCUGCCCAACCUGAACCGGCAGUUACAGUUUGUCUCCUACACCAACACACUGUUCCACCCUAGUACAGCAGACACAGGUGAGGCCAGACACAUCUGACUUUAUGGUGGACUACUACUUUAUUGGUUGUGUAUAUUAUCAAAGACCUACGCCAAAUACCGUCUGGAAUAGAUUUGUGGUAAUGAGGUUGAAAAUACUCUCACUAUGUCUUUCAGUGCAGUUUGAGACAGAGGGACACCAAGCCAUGUUCACCAUCAAGAUCCGUCAUGGUGUAACUCCAAAACUCUACAACACGGGACCCAAAGGGGGUAUGUCGACAAAUAUAACGGUCGACUGCAUCUCACAACAGCACAACACUUACUAAAAAAUAACCAAAAUGACAUCUGAGAUGAAUGUGUAACGUAAGUAAUGUCAAAGACCCUAACUUUUUGUCUCUCUCUGUUCUCAAUCUAGAAUACAACAUCAGUGCCCUUGUUACCAUAGCAACCAAAACUUUCAUGCGCUAUGACAAGCUCCAAGAUCUCAUCGACAGCGUGCGACAAUACUAUCCCACUGUCACCAUAGUAAUAGCUGAUGACAGCAAAAACCCCAAGACAGUCUCUGGCCCCUACAUCGAACAUUACAUCAUGCCAUUUGGAAAGGUUUUUUUUAAACACUGCUGCCUCUUUAAUGUAUGGGAACCAGUGUACUUGUAAAGUAUAGUUUUUGUCUAGCAAUAACAUUGUUUGCUUAAAUAAUACUUGACAGAUGCCCUUCAUUGAAAAGGUUGGGAAGGAAUGUCAGCAAUGUUCUUGAAAAAAAUGUCCUUAGUUGUCCUAUCACUGCUUUUGCUUCCUUUGUCCCACAUCCUGUUCUCUGUCACAACAACUAGGGCUGGUUUGCAGGACGGAACCUAGCUGUUUCCCAGGUGACCACUAAGUAUGUGCUGUGGGUGGAUGAUGACUUCAUCUUCACAGCCAACACCAAGCUGGAGAAACUGGUGGACGUCCUGGAGAAGACCACCCUGGACCUGGUGAGGGGGCACAGGCCGUGCCAUACUGUAUUGCUGACCUGGGUUCAAAUACUAUUUGAAAUCUUUCAAAUACUUUGAGCAUUUGUGUUAGCCUGCCUGAAGAGAGAGGGGUUUUCCCUUUUGAGACUUUUCAAUUGGUUCCAUUGCAACAGGUAAGCUCAAUUAAGCACAGGUGCAGUAUUUGAAAUUAUUUCAAGUAGUGUUUGAACCCAGGUCUGCUGUAUUGCUGCUAAAGUAGUGAUUUUAACACAGCAUGGGACUGUUCAAACCACCCUCCUUUGAUGAUGGGUCUUUUGGGGGUGUGACAUAAUUUGCUGACCCUUAUGGAAAAAACGUGAUCUUGUGUGAUCUCAUGUGAUCACGUAACAACAUGUGAAGCAACAUGUGAUAACGUAAAACUAUACAUGACAACAUGUUAGCACAUGUGAGAACAUGAUCUCAUGUGAAAUUAAUGUGAAAUAAAUGCGACAACAUGGGGAUGCAAAAUCUCAACAUUUGAUAACAUCAAACUACAUGUGACAACAUGUGAGCACGUGAAAACACAAUCUCAUGUAAAAUACAUGUGACAACAUCGGGAGGCACAUUUUUCAAAUGUGAUACCAUGACUGAUACUGUAUUUUUUACAGCUAAAUUAAAGUGUUAAUGUGAAGGACAAUAUGAUGCUGUAUGCUGAUAACUUGGGACUUAACCUCACUUGGGAUUUGAACUCACAACCUCUUUGUUGCUAGCUACCUGAAGUUCCUGCUGCGCCACCAAUUAUGUGGAUAAAUUGAAGAUUGGCUAUAUAUUUAUUGCUUAAAAUACACUUCUGCACUUUGCCUAAAGUUGCAGUAAAAAUAAAGUAAAUAUAUACAAAAACAUUGUAUAUUUCUAUAAAUUGACAAUAUGCUGCUGUAUUCUGAUUUCAAUUACUGUAAAAUCUUGUAUAAUUUUGUACUGUGACCAGAACUGGGACUUAGCCUUAAAUGGGAUUUGAACUCAUAAACUCUGUUGGUAGCAACCUGGAAUGUCCUGAUACAGUGCAGCUACACCACCAGAUCUGUGAGUGUGAAAGCAUUAUGGGCCACAGACUUUCUGCACUUUGCUUAAAGCUUCCCAGAAUCAAGUAAAUAAUUGUCCAAUUAUCACCACCAACGUAACAUUAACGUAAAACUCGAGGACACUUGGCGUUGUAGAGUAUACAUUAAUUAUUUGGGGAUUAAACAUCUUGGUUGGGAGUGCAUCAAUGUUUCAUACUUAUUGCUUGGAACAUAUAGUGCAUUUGGAAAGUAUUCAGACCCACUGACUUUUUCCACAUUUUGUUACGUUACAGCCUUAUUCUAAAAUAGAUUAAAUAAAAAAUGUCCUCAUUAAUCGACACACAAUACCCCAUAAUGACAAAGCGAAAACAGGUUUUUAGAAGUGUUUGCAAAUGUAUAAAAAAUAAAAAACAGAUACAUUAUUUACAUAAGUAUUCAGACCCUUUGCUAUGAGACUUGAAAUUGAGCUCAGGUGCAUCCUGUUUCCAUUGAUCAUCCUUGAGAUGUUUCUACAACUUGAUUGGAGUCCACCUGUGUUAAAUUCAAUUGAUUGGAAAGGCACACACCUGUCUAUAUAAGGUCCCACAGUUGACAGUGCAUGUCAGAGCAGAAACCAAGCCAUGAGGUUGAAGGAAUUGUCCGAAGAGCUCCGAGACAGGAUUGUGUCGAGGCACAGAUCUGGGGAAGGGUACCAAAACAUUUCUGCAGCAUUGAAGGUCCCCAAGAACACAGUGGCCUCCAUCAUUCUUAAAUGGAAUAAGUUUAGAACCACCAAGUCUCUUCCUAGAGCUUGCCGCCCGGCCAAACUGAGCAAUCAGGGGAGAAGGGGCUUAGUCAGGGAGGUGAUCAAGAACCUGAUGGUCACACUGACAGAGCUCCAGAGUUCCUCUGUGGAGAUGGGAGAACCUUCCAGAAGGACAACCAUCUCUGCAGCACUCCACCAAUCAGACCUUUAUGGUAGAGUGGCCAGACGGAAGCCACUCCUCAGUAGAAGGCACAUGACAGCCCACUUGGAGUUUGCCAAAAGGCACCUAAAGGACUCUCAGACCAUGAGAAACAAGAUUUUCUGGUCUGAUGAAACCAAGAUCGAACUCUUUGGCCUGAAUGCCAAGCAAGGAAUACUGGCACCAUCUCUACGGUGAAGCAUGGUGGUGGCAGCAUCAUGCUGUGGGGAUUUUUUCAGGAGCAGGGACUGUGAGACUAGUCAGGAUCGAGGGAAAGAUGAACGGAGCAAAGCACAGAGAGAUCCUUGAUGAAAACCUGCUCCAGAGCUCUCACCUUCCAACAACAGGACAACAACCCUAAGCACACAGCCAAGACAACGCAGGAGUGGCUUCGGGACAAGUCUCUGAAUGUCUUUGAGUGGCCCAGCCAGAGCCCUGACUUGAACCCGAUCGAACAUCUCUGGAGAGACCUGAAAAUAGCUGUGCAGCGAUGCUCCCCACCCAACCUGACAGAGCUUGAGAGGAUAUGCAGAGAAGAAUGGGAGAAACUCUCCAAAUACAGGUGUGCCAAGCUUGUAGUGUCAUACCCAAGAAGACUCGAGGCUGUAAUCGCUGACAAAGGUGUCUUCAACAAAGUACUGAGUAAAGGGUCUGAAUACUUAUGUAAAUGUAAUAUUUCAGUUUUUAUUUUUUUAUAAAUUUGUCAUUAUGAAGUAUUGUGUGUAGAUUUGAUGAGGGGAAAAAAACAAUUGAAUCCUUUUUAGAAUAAGGCUGUAACGUAACAAAAAUACUUUCCGAAUGCACUAAACACAAUGGUAUGGUUAGGGUACACUAGUGUUCCCUGGGGUACAAAAAGGUCAAAGAUGCACUUGAACUCACAUGGUACAGUUUUGUACCUUGUAGGUAUAAUGGGACAUUUUUCAACCUAAUAUUUUGAAUAUAAAGUACUGGUGGGGUUCAUUAGCAUAUUUGGGGGCAUGGUGAAAUAUUUGUGCGAACCGUCAGUGGAAGUGUUGUAGCAGUUUAAGUGUUUUGAUUGUUAUGCCAAUGUAACUUAAGCACCACCUUUGACACUGUCUGUUCUGCACAUUUUUCUAUGGGAUUCCGAGAAAAUGUUUCUGUUUUAAAGCUAGUUUGCUGUAAUUCUACACAUUUUGCCAUGGGGCGGAGAGAAGAUUUAGCAAUUUGAUAACAAAUUUCAUGCAAUUUUCUGGCAACAAGUUGCCAUUAACUUACUGGAAAAUGCACAAUAACCUCUUUUACAAUGCAGCUCAUUACUGACGCAUUCUCUUACAUCAGGGAUGGGCGCACUAAGAUCCCCCCCAUUCCUGUUGUAAGAGAAUGUGCCAGUAAUGAGCUGCACUAUUGUGAGCUUAUUGUGCAUUUUCCAGUAAGUUAAUGUUAACUUGUUGUCAGAAGUUGCUGUGAAUUUGUCAUUUCUUACCUGGUAAUUACUAGUUAGUAAGUUAUUGUAAAAAUCACAGUAACUUACUGGCAAAACGUAGCCAGUAACCUACAGGAAAAAUCCUUGAAUUCACAACCUCUGGAUUUGAGGUACACUGCCCUUUCUGCUACGCCACAAAGUCUGUAGCAUUCUCAUACACAUUCAAUACCUAUAAUACACCUCUGCACUUAGCAAAAGAGAGCCAUCUGCACUGCUAUUUUAGUUAUUCUAUCAGUUAUUCUGACUAUUCUCUCAUCAUUGAUUACAUUUACUUAUUUCAGCAAUUUGAGCUGUCUAAUGUUGGUGGGGCAUAUUAUCCUGGUUAAAUGUUACACCUGAAUCACUAUGAUAAAUAUAAUAGUUUUUCUUGAGUGUAUUUUUAACAAAGCUGAGAUGUACUUUGAAGACCAAAUGGUAGGAAUACAGGUAAACAUCAGUUAUUGACACAGACAUGGUGGCAUAGCAGGAUGAUCAGAAUGCUGUGAACCAAGAGGUUGUGAGUUCAAAUCCCAGAUAAGGACAUGUUGAAUAAUAAUUACAGUAUAAAUAAACAUACACAAUGUAGUCGUGUGUCAAAUAUGUAAGUUAAAAUCACUGUGUGUAUCAUAAUGACACAUUUGUGUAUGCAGGGCAUCACCUGUGAAAUCUCAUGUUAAAUAUCAUCACAUGUGAAGUGUUCCAAAAACACAUGGUUUAACAUGAUUUCACAUGUGAAAAUCCAGAAGUGAAAUAUCAUAUGUGUUACAAAAACUGGAAAAAUACAGGACUAGUAAAGGCCCAGUGCACUAUCUUUGGGGAAAAAAUAUGUUUCUCUAAAACUACUGCAGCACCCUCGGCACCCCUACUGUCCGCGGUUAUGAGUGUUCGAAAUAGUUAUACUCUUUUAGUUAGUGGUGUCUGACAUAUUUUGCUAAGACAUAAUUCAACACUUUCUGUGCAACAGUCAAUGCCAGUUCAGAAGCAUUCUCCGGACUCUGAACACAUUGUUACUCACUGGGAGCUACUCUGCAGAGCCAAAAACAGCUCCUACACGAUUCAGCACAUUCCGUCUUGGGUAGCAUGAGGGAACACAAUCCACACUCUAGUCGUUUUGCCAGACAGACACAACUUGAGUUCAAUUAACGUUUUAAAAUAAUUUUGAUUUACAGCUCAUCAUGAAAAGAGUAUUGAAAUAAACUAUCCUAGCUGUCUUCUGAAGAUGACAAAUUAGGAAAAUGUGGAAGAGGCGUUCCCCUCUGUUGAUGUUGAUGACCUAGCUAGCCACAUCCUGUCUCUCGAACACGGUAGCUUUGCCUUUAAAAGCUACAAGUGCAAUAAGAUUGAAUCCCGGCCUUGUUCUCUAGUUACAGAAGAAAACAAACUCGGACACAGACACAGAUGCAAGCAAUUUCACACUCUCCAUCUCUCUCUCCCUCUUCUUCACCGAUGCGUAAAGGCAUAUUCUUGCUUUGUAGCACAUGCACACCACAGCAAUAUUAAGCAUGCACAAAACACAAAGUAAAACACAAAAGCCCAAAAAGCUGACACCCACAUGAUGCUGGAUGAAGGGGGUUUUGUAUGGAUCCCGAUUCCCACUCAGAUACCUUACUAUGGGCUGGGGGAAUAGAAUAGACCUUGUGUACCAUAGACUGGGACUCCAGCUCUUGAGAGGGAAGUCUAUGGGUUACACAUGUCAGCAGCUGGUCUGGUGGACACUUUGAAUCAGUUAUUUCUUCGGUCCACAAAAGCACAGACAGUAAAACAUUGUGUCCUUUGGAAAAAAUAAAUGAUCAAGGGAAAGGGGGAUACCUAGUCAGUUGUACAACUGAAUGCAUUAAACUGAAAUGUGUCUUCCGCAUUUAACCCAACCCCUCGGUUUCCAUUGGUUUCCUCGUAUAUCAAAUCACUACAGCAUGCACUCAAUAUCAAUUUCAGACAAUUGGGAGUAUCCUUAAUGUUUGUUUAUGCAUUGUACACACUACACAAUAUUUGUGAAAAUCUGUGUUCAGUGCUUGAUGUGUAUGUGUGUGUCAGAAUCAGUUAAUGCAGUGUGUGUGUGUGUGUGUGUGUGUGUGUGUGAUUUAGGUGGGUGGUGCAGUGCGGGAGGCCACAGGCUAUACUGCCACCUACAGGCAGACCAUCUCCAUUGAGCCAGGGGAGGAGGAGGGUGACUGCCUGCACAUGCGGAGGGCCUUCCACCACAUCAUCCAGGGCUUCCCAAACUGCGUGGUCACUGACGGGGUCAUCAACUUCUUCCUGGCCCGCACAGACAAGGUCCAGCAGGUGGGCUUCGACCCCCGCCUGGCCAGAGUGGCCCACCUGGGUGAGUAUGGCCCCAAACCCCAGCACCGCACAGGGUGUACCUGUCCACAACAUCAACUGCACCAGUGGUUAAAUUUAGCCGGAGCUACCCGGAGCUGGGCUCCUGCACCGUACUGGUUCAAAGAGGAGUAGGAUAGAAAGUAGGAUAAAAGUACUAACCCUAGCCUUAACCCUAGCUUCAUGUCCACAAUCUGGUUCAACCCUAGCCAUAACCCUAACACUAAUCCUGACAUAACCCUAACCUUGUGUUCAACACUGGCUCAACCCUCAUCCUAACCUCUCCAAAUAGGGCUCCUCUACCUCUGUAUUCCCAAUUUCACCCCUGAGCUGCACCAUCUACAUUUGGAAGGAGGUCAUAUAGGUAACAGUACAUUUGGAUACUUGGGCACAAAACCCCUUUUUGCAGUCUUAAUAGUCAUUAUCAGUUAUCCAAAAGCUUGAGGAGGGAACAAAAUAGCUUCUUCUCAUGUUUGUUAGUUGCAUUUGUUCAUAUAAAUUGUGUGAUACUUGAAGUGCCCUCAGCAUAAAAACUAACUGCUCUGACCCCUUGGUUCUUGUCACAGAGUUUUUCAUCGAUGGCCUUGGCUCACUUCACGUGGGAUCCUGUGAUGACGUCAUCGUCAAUCACGCCACCAAGAUCAAGCUUCCCUGGGUCAGCCAAUCAGAGAGUGACAAGACUUACGCCAAGUUCCGCUACCCACCAGCCUCCUCGGACACAACACACACCAAAAACGGCCUCCUCUAUUUUAAGAACCGCUUCCAGUGUUUGACUCACAAU